AUGAACUUCAUAAAGACUGCUAUUUGGGGACCUGAUCCCAAGGAACAACAUCGUAAACUUAAAUCAAUAUUAAGGAAGAAUGAUAGACAACUUUCGAAAUCCUUAAAUGAGUUAUCUUCGUUGAAAGCCAAAACACAGCAGCUCAUCAAGCAAGCUGCGAAGCAGAACGAUAUCAAGACAGUACGUUUGUAUGCGAAGGAACUUUACCAUGUCAACAAACAAUACAAUAGAAUGUAUACUUCUAAAGCUCAGUUACAAUCUGUGGGGAUGAAGAUAGAAGAAUGUUUCCAAAUGAAUAAGUUACAAGACAAAAUGGCACAAAGUGCGGUAUUGAUGAGGGAUGUAAACUCUUUAGUAAGGCUUCCACAGCUUCGUGGGACGAUGAUAGAGUUAGAGAAAGAAUUGGUGAAAUCUGGUAUUAUCACUGAAAUGAUGGAUGACGCUAUGGAAUCAUAUGAGGACAUGGAAGAAGAAGAAGAAAUCAACGAACAAGUAGACCAAAUCGUAGCUGAGUAUACUAGUGAGAAAUUGGGUAAAGUGGAAGAAACGCCAAAUGUCGUAUUAUCUGAACCACCACCAGCAGAACAAGAAGUUGUCCCUGAAUCAAAUAUCGAUGCAGAGGCCGAUAAUAUGAUCAAGGCGAUGAAGGAGAGGUUGAACGCAUUACAGGGAUAG